GGCGCUUCCUCCAUGCCCUUUCUGGCUUCUCAGGCCAAGGAGUGUUGCGUGGGCUUUGAGAAGCCAAGGGACCCCAGCGUGGGUCUUGCUGAGGGGAGGCAGCCGGGGAGGCGUUCCCUCCGUGCUCCACGCCCCGUUUGGCUCCUUCGGGGCGGCGGAGGGGGCCUUUCAGGCGACUCUUGGCAGUAUCAGGGUCCCGCUUUCCUUUGUUUUCUUUCCUUCUCUCUUCCCAACUGGACCUCCUCUCCUUCUCCUCGGUCAAGCCAAGCUUGGCCUCUUCACUUCGCCCCCUUGGAAGAGCAGUGAUGGCACUAACUGAACAGGAGGAAUACACCUAUUUAUAUAAAGAUCUUUCCCAUCCUGUGGACUUUUUGGAUGCAUUCAGAAUAUUCUACCUGGAAGGAUUAUUCACUGAUGUCACUCUUCAGUGUGCAACUGGUGUGAUUUUCCAUUGCCAUAAAGCUGUGCUAGCUGCUUGCAGUAACUAUUUCAAGGCUAUGUUCACCUCUGACAUGAAAGAAAAAUCAAAGAAUCAGAUCACAAUUUCUGGGCUCAGUCCCCCAGUGCUGGAAUCCCUGGUGAUUUAUGCAUAUACAUCAGAGAUCAAAAUAACAAAGAGAAAUGUCCAAAGUCUCCUUCAAGCUGCAGACCUCCUUCAGUUUAUCUCAGUAAAGAAAGCUUGUGAAAAGUUUCUGAUAAGGCACUUAGAAAUUGACAACUGUCUAGGGAUGCAUUCCUUUGCAGAAUACCAUGUCUGUUCAGAGCUAGAGAAGGAAUCUAGAAGGAUGUUGUUAUCUAGAUUCGAAGAAGUGUGGCAGCAGGAAGAAUUUCUGGAAAUAAGCAGUGAGAAAUUCCAGUUUAUUCUCUCCAGAAAGAAUUUCAGUCUUUGGAAGGAAGAGGUCACAAUCGAGCCCAUUAUUAAAUGGAUUGCCUAUGAUCUGGAGCAAAGAACAGAGUAUAUUUAUGAUUUAUUAAACUGUCUUGGAGCAGAUUUUGAUGAAAUGUAUUUGAGAUCAGCACUAAGCUUAUACAAGAAAUGCCGAUUAACAGAAAAUAAAAUCAGGUCUCUGAUACACCAUGCACUAAAUCCAAACCCCAAAACAAGUUCUACAAGGUCUACAGCUGUCAUGUAUGUCAUUGGUGGGUAUUACUGGCACCCUUUAUCAGAGGUAAAUGCAUGGGAUCCGCUAACCAAUGCAUGGAUCCAGGGAACAGACAUGCCAGAACAUGCAAGAGAGAGCUAUGCUGUCACUAGUCUAGGACCCAACAUUUAUGUGACAGGUGGAUACAGAACAGACAACAUUGAAGCACUUGACAUAAUGUGGAUUUACAACUGUGAAGCUGAUGAAUGGACUGAAGGUUGUCCCAUGCUGAAUGCAAGGUACUACCAUUGUGCAGUGACCCUGGGUGGUUGCAUCUAUGCUCUGGGAGGUUACAGAAAAGGUGCUCCAACUGAAGAAGCUGAAUUCUAUGACCCUUUGAAAAAGAAAUGGCUUUCUAUUGCAAAUAUGAUUAAAGGGGUUGGAAACGCCACCGCAUGUGUCUUGAGUGAAGUAAUCUAUGUCACUGGAGGCCACUACGGUUAUCGAGGAAGCUGCACAUAUGACAAAGUUCAGAGCUAUCAUUCUGACAGUAACCAAUGGAAUAUCAUCACCACCAGUCCAUAUCCAGAAUAUGGAUUGUGUUCAAUUGCACUGGAAAGCAAGUUGUACCUUGUGGGUGGGCAGACCACAAUCACAGAUUGCUAUGACCCAGAGAAAAAUGAGUGGAAACAGAAGGCUGAUAUGAUCGAAAGGAGAAUGGAGUGUGGUGCUGUUGUCAUUAAUGGAUGCAUCUACGUCACAGGAGGCUAUUCCUCUUCCAAGGGGUCCUAUUUACAGAAUAUUGAGAAAUACGAUCCAGAAUGUAAUAAAUGGGAAAUUGUGGGCAAUCUUCCCACAGCUAUGCGUUCACAUGGUUGCGUCUGUGUGUACAAUGUGUGACCAGACAAAAAUGACGUUUUUGUCAAGAAGAAAAUCUCCAAGAGCUUAAAAUUGAAGAUGACAUGACAUGUCACUUAUAUGGAACAUUUUCUAUAGAAGAAACAUGCCUUCCAGUCAUGAUAUAACACUGCUCAAUUUGCCUUUUAUUGACUUGGAAACUUGAGACCUACCUAAAAGUCUGCUAAUAUAUAGAUUACCACUUUGGGGAGGGGAAGAUUUAUUAUUUCUGGUUUCUCACUUUUUUAAGUGCUUGUAUGUUCUGAUUGUUGCUAGAUACUAACCAAAACAACUACUGGGCUCUGAUUUAAUAAAGGAAAAUCAGCUAUUGCUUUUUGGUGCUACUCUUGAUAUUUUCUCACCAAAUAUGAUGUAAACUAAUUAAGGUAACAUCUCAUCCAUUCUCUCACAAGACUGCUAUUAAAUUCAGAAUUUUCUGUGUUAUAGCAUUCAACAUAUUUUUCCUUUCCCUCUCUAUUGCUAGCUUUUUGUUGUAAAGACUAUUUUAUUUCAUAUCCCAAGGAGGCUCUUGAGAUGUUGAAAGGUUGAUUACUUCUUGGUGAGCAUUGCAUUGGUUGUAAUAUUGUUUCUAUCAAAUCAGUACGAUUACCUUAAAGUUUUGUCUAACAGUUGCUCCCAUCCAUAAAUGUUGUACUAUAUUUUGGGAUACUACUGUAUACAAACAGCAAUAAAUUUUGGGAGGUUUGCCAGUGGCACAUUUUUGUUCCUAAUUGGGUGAAGUCCCUGGUUUGAGUAUUUUAUGAAGGUGCUCAGCUGAUGAACUGUAAACUUGAAUGAUGUGAUCUUCUUUGGAAAGAAAUGUGAACCAGAAAAGUAUUUAAUUUUUGUAAAUUAUUUUGUAGAUAAUGUUUGUUUUUGAACUGCCAUCAAAAAAUAGUUUUAAUUUAAAUAUUUUACUGUGCUUGUGUUAUAUUGUAACAUUUUCUGUUAAUUGUACUGCUGAAAUUAUUAUAUAUAUUCUAAAUCUAUGUUAAUUGGGGACAUAGAACAAGUAUACACUGCUUUGCACAUAAAAAGUAUUUUAUGUUAUUGGAUUCUAGACUAUUUUUAACUGAUGUUAUUUAUGUUGUAAAGCUCAUGGUUUCAAAACAAUAACAAAAUUUACAAUUGCAAGAAAGGACUGAAACACUCACUGUGUUAGGUAACAUUUCUUGGGAAAUAUCUCGACUACCCUGUACACAUCAUAUAAAGUAGAAUUUGUGAAAGGAAGGAAUACUGUAGAAAUUGAACCAAUGCCUUUAAAAUCUUCAUAUCACUGUCUGAAUAGCUAGAAUUAAUGACAAAGGACCUGGUAAAUUGGAUUCGGAUGAUCCUGUUCUUUGUCUAGAAAUUAGUAACACUGAAAUCAGUAGGUUACAAUGAGUAAUUUUGGAUUGUGUGGCACCAUUGUAUUAUUUGCUCUAUCUUGUUUAGUGAAGAUAAGAAUUAAUGCUUCUGACAUCAGGGCAACAAUCUGGAUGACUAAAAAGCCUCACAUGGGUAGUAAUUAUAGCUACCUUUUAAGUUAGAGGUACCAGCACAAUAAUAUAACCGAAGUAUGCCACAAAAGUGAAGUACCAGGAGUCAUAAUAUUCACCUAGAAAAAUGGGAACAGAUGUGGAAAACAGAUUACAUUCACAAAAUGUUAUGGACUAAGAGAAAAUUUCUACAAGUUGAUGUAUAGAUGGUACACGAUACCAGAAAGAUUAGCAAAGAUGGAAUCAAAAUUUAAAAAUGUUUGUUGGAAAUGUUAUCAAAAAGAAGGAACUUUUUGCCAUAUGUGGUGGACACACUCUAAAGCAAAAAAAAAAAAAAAGGAUUAUACUUCAUAAGAACAUUGAAAACAUUUUUUUAAAUUAAAGUACUACAAGAGCCAGAAGCCUUUCAGUUGGGCCUUAUAGCGAGGAUUGUUUAUGUUUACUAUUGGAAACAAGAUGAAAUUACCACCCUAGAUUUAUGGAUUAAAAAAAUGUUGGUUAUGGCAGAGAUGGACAAACUGACUAGACUUAUACAAUGGCCAGAUCCUUCCAAAUUUGAAGAAGAAUGGCAAGUUAGGGUCCAGAGUUACCCAGGGGUAACAGCCAGGAUCCAAGACACAAGUACUAAAUUACGACGUUGACUGCUACCAAAGAGCUUUCUUUUCUAGAACUCUUAUUUAUCCAGAGAACUCAGCUACUGUCAUUUCAGCAGCCCGUACAGAGAUAAUCACAGAAGCCACGGGGAGGAAGGUCAGAUUGUCCCCUUUCAAGCAUCCAGCAGCAGUGGAUCAAACCAGACAAACUGCUGGCCAUGACAAAGUCGAUGCCAUCAACAGUUCUGCUAGAGCAAUAUCAUGAUGGCUGGUGCAUACAAUGGCACCAGAGUUAAUGUUUCCAACCCAGUGUACAUCAUUCUCUUUUGUUGCAGUGUUAGAAAUGCACCUUGAACUGUUUCUCUUUAUUUAUUUAUUUAUUAAAGUGGAAAUGAAUAUACAGCUUUUGGGUUCUCAGAACAAUUGUUGCACUUAUUACUGUUUUCAAUAACAAUAAAUGUUAUGUAUUUGACAA